AUGGCAGGGGAGGAAGAAGAAGGCCAGAAAAGCAAGCAGAGGAAAUGCUGUCCAUUGAGGAGAUCAAGGAAGGGGUGCAUGAAAGGGAAGGGAGGGCCGGAGAAUCAGCGUUGCACUUACCGAGGUGUCCGGCAGAGGACGUGGGGAAAGUGGGUGGCUGAGAUCCGUGAGCCCAACCGUGGUGCAAGACUCUGGCUAGGCACUUUCAACACCUCAUUUGAGGCUGCUGUUGCUUAUGAUGGUGCUGCUCGUGCGCUUUAUGGCCCUUGUGCUCGGCUUAACCUUCCUGAGUCAAAGACACAGAUCUCACAACCACAGACUUUGUCUUUCUCUGGCUCUUGUUCUGGUUCUGUGUCUAGCUCUCCGGUGGAGACUAGUACUGCUAAUGCUGCUGCAGUUGCAUGUUGUGGUGGUGGUGGUGGUGGGGAGAGUGAAGGGAUGAGUGGAGGAGGGAGGGAUUGGGAGGAGUUUCUGAUGAAGUUGCCAAAGGCUGAGGAUAUGGGAUUAGGGAGGGUUUAG